GAAAACGCUUUACGGUAGACGGGAGCUGUUUUCAUUUUGAGGUUGCUGUCCUUUCUUGCUGGUCUUAAAGGAGGGCAAUGAGGGAAGAGAGAGGUCUCGGUGUCCCAGCAUUGCGUCUCGUUGUGUUGAAGCGUGGCACACCAAAAAGGAGUAAGCUAGAUAGGUGAGACCGGAGGUGACGGCCUUUCAGCCCUGGCGCCCAGGAAGCGGACGACAAGACAACAGGAAGGCUCCUCUCACGACUGCAUAGGAGGCCAAGGAUACAUCCUCCCUCUGGGUUUUUAUCCCCCUCCCUUUUGACUCAACCUUGCCCUACUCUAGCCUCCUUCUAGUAUUAAACCCUAGUUCCUUCUCACCUCCCGUCUUAUUCAGCACCCCCUUUGCCCUUUCCAUCCCCCUGUUCCACCUCACGUUUGUCUUGCCUGUGGUCUUGUCCUGCUGUGUCUGUGCCCUUGUUGGCAGCGGUGAUGGAGUUCCCCCAGCACAGCCAGCAGCUCCUGGCGAGCCUGCGAUCCCAGCGGCUCCAGGGCCUGCUAUGCGACUGCACCGUCCAGGUGGGCUCCACCCGCUUCCUGGCGCACCGUGCCGUCCUGGCCUCCUGCUCGCCCUUCUUCCACAUGUUCUACUCAGAGCAAGCACUGGGCAAGCGCGAGACGGUCACCAUCAACGGGGACAUUGUGACCCCGCCGGCCUUCGGGCUGCUGCUGGACUUCAUGUACGAGGGGACGCUGCGGCUGGCUGCCCAGCCACCGCCUGAGGACGUGCUAGCGGCAGCGAGCUUCCUGCACAUGAACGACAUUGUGCGCGUCUGCAAGAAGCGGUUACAGGGCCGUGGGCUAGCCGAGGCGGACAGCACCAAGGCUGAGGAAGCGUGCGUGACGGCAGGGGCGAUGCGCAGGGCCGGCGGGAUCUGCGGCCCAUCCACAGGGCUGGGGCAGGGCGAUGGGGUGGACCGUGCCGAGAGGGCGGUGGGGGCCUCCAAAACCAUGACAGCACCAGCCCAGUUUCCCCACCUCAGCCAGUUCGUUUCCCUCAGCACCCAGAAGGUGAUGGAAGAGCAAGAGGAGGCACCAGAUCCCAACCCUCACGAGCCAGACAAGUUCAGCCCCGCCAGUCCGGACGUGGCCGACACGACUCAACCAGGAAUGGGCUCUGUUCCCAUAGGCUCACAGCCCGGGCCCAGGAGCCAGGGGGAGUCUGCCCUUGCCAGUCCCUGCAGCUCCACUGAAGCGUACCCCAGCAACCACCCCUCCUCCUGCUCCUCCUCUUCCUCCUCCCUCCUCCCACAGGCCUGCCCAAGCUCUGAGCCCCAGGCCAAUAUGGCCGCCCAACUCACAGGGGCGCUGGCGAGCCAUAGCAGUUUGGUCAGCCCAGAGCAGGCUAUUAUGGUGGUUGCUGGAGAUGACUCCCCACUGCUGGUGCAAGUAGCCAGCCCUCCAGCUCACAUGGCCCCACCCAUCCCCGUUCAGGACACGCCCCUGACGCCAAGGCCGCCCACUCCUUUCUCCCUGGCUCCACCCCACCUUGAUCAGGCUGAGGGAGAAAGAACGGGGCGGACAUUUGGCGGGGAUCGGGAGUCACACAUUCUGACCCAGGAAUUCACAGCCGGGUGUGGAGCGAGGGAAGGGGACGAGGAAGACGGGGUUAAGGUCAAGGUGGAGGCCAUUGUCAUCUCUGACGAGGAGCUGGAGGACAUGGACGGAAUGCUGGGCGGGGGGAGAGAGCGGGGUCGAGGCCUGGAUGGGGAGAACGGGGACGAGAUCGAGGGCAGCCACACGGACGAUGACCUCUCAAACCCCCAUUUCCUGUCCCAGCACCCCCAUCUCCUCCACCUGCCUCACCACCCCGACACCCUGGCCUUCCCGCUUUCCCCGCAGGGCCCUGCCUCCUCCUCGUCUGAGCCCUCCCCCUUCCCGCCGGCCCUCUUCCCCCCCGUCCACCACCAGCCACUCUCGCAGCAGUCCGACUCGCAGGCCAUCUACUUCCAGGACUUCCAGGACCCACUGGGCGCCUACGUGGAGGAUGUGCCCACCUGCAGUACCUGUGGGAAGACUUUCUCCUGCGCUUACACGCUGCGGCGACACGCCAUCGUGCACACGCGAGAGCGCCCCUACGAGUGCCGCUACUGCUACCGCAGCUACACCCAGUCCGGCGACCUCUACCGCCACAUCCGCAAGGCUCACGACCAGGGCCUGCCCGCCAAGCGCAGCAGAGCGGACUCCGAGCCGCACACACAGCCACAUCCGCAGCCUCCUCCGCAGCCUUAGAGAGGAGCCUGGGCGUGGGGGGUGACGGAGGGGGUGGCAUGAGCAAAUGGGGAUGGCGGGAAGUUUAAAAGAAGGGAAGAAGGGAUCAAGAGAGCAAGAAAGGGGGAAAGAGGAAGAUGAAACAACAAAAGGGAUGUGAACGCUGAGGACCGAAUGAUGCCUUCGGAGUGACUGUACAGUCUUAACCGUUUUAGCAAGAGUUUUUAAUCCCCUAAUUUAUUUAUUUUAAUGAUACUGAACUGUCUCUUUGCUAGUUCCAAUAGAAUUUUUUCUGGGGUACUAAAAUAUGUAUGCACACCAUUUUUUUAAAUGAAAAAAAUUAGUUCCCAUGCUGCUCUUGGGCAGUCGGCGGGGCCUGAAAUCACUUGGCUUGCCAGUUGGAUUAAGACCAAUUUGGAGACAAGGGUGGAAUAAUCCGCUGCAAACACGAGUACUGUAACGUUACUCACAGGCUCCUGUUCAAAAGUCACACCAUUUGUUUGAUUUUGUACAUCAUGGAAAUAAUUGUG